AUGGAUGGUGUUGUAUGUUUCCAGAAUCCGCGUCUACCGCUCCUUAUCAAAUCGGGAGUAACAAGACAUUGGAUGAGCAAUUUAAGUGAUCGGACGCUAAAUUACAAGCUAACACUCGAGAAUCCAGACUCAUGCUUUUCGAUAGAUCCUGGUCAGAUAAGCGGAGAAAUACCUGCACAUGGUCAUAUCAGCAUAAUUAUUACAAGAAAGCCAGGAGUAGGAAAAGAGGACAAGUUGACAAUUGAAUACACAGGAGAGCUCACAGGAAAAACUGUUGAAGAAAAUAACUCAGAUGAGAAGAUAUUCUUUGGAAAAGCACUGAGAUUAUACGCAUGGCUUCAUUAG